CAUCGCGCGGUCGCUGCGGCCGGCGGUGGGGGAACCUCGAGUAGGGGUGGGCGGCUACUCGGAGGUGGGCUGGCCUAAGAGAGAAGGGUCCUGCGGCUCUGGGAAACCCGCCUCGGAGCCCUGGAGAGGAGAUUCGUGGUUUGCCGAGUACCUGCUAUGUCCCGGACUCCGCUCCAGUGCUCAGCCCUGUGUUGGAGAUUCUGCCUCCCCUGGAACAGAUUAUCUUCUUGAGCACAAUCCCAAGAUGGGUGGCUGCUCUGGGUAUUCAUUCUUGGGGUUCUUCCCCAGUCAGGCCAGCUUGUCCUUCAGGUCCCCCUUGUGAACGAAGCCUUCACAGUUCUGGUCAAUCAUGUUGAAAGCCUCCUUGAACUCCUGGAUGUGGAACUGGUCAAACAUCGCGAAGACAUUGGAUGUGGCCUGCUCUGCCCGCUUGGUGAUGAUCUUGGCUUUGGCCCACUUGCUGGACAUUUUGGCUUCAGUUUACAGGAAGCAGUACCUUGAAGAGAAAUUGGAGAGUCAAUUCCUAGGAUAGCAGAGAGAUGGACAACAGACAGAAGGUCACCCCAGCUCUGAUCUUUGCCAUCACAGUUGCUACAAUUGGCUCUUUCCAAUUUGGCUACAACACUGGGGUCAUCAACGCUCCUGAGAUGAUCAUAAAGGAAUUUGUCAAUAACACUUUGAAGAACAAGAAAAAUGCCCCUCCUUCUGAGAUGUUGCUCACGUCCCUCUGGUCCUUGUCCGUGGCCAUAUUCUCCGUCGGUGGUAUGAUUGGCUCCUUUUCCGUUGGACUCUUUGUCAGUCGUUUUGGCAGGCGCAAUUCAAUGCUGAUCGUCAACCUGCUGGCUGUCACCGGUGGCUGCCUCAUGGGACUGUGUAAAGUAGCUGAGUCGGUGGAAAUGCUGAUCCUGGGCUGCUUGGUUAUUGGCCUCUUCUGCGGACUGUGCACAGGUUUUGUGCCCAUGUACAUUGGAGAGAUCUCACCUACUGCCCUGCAGGGUGCGAAUGGCACUCUCAACCAGCUGGGAAUCGUUGUUGGAAUUCUGGUGGCCCAGUCCUCCAGCGGUUGUGGGGCACCCAGGAUGUAUCCCAAGACAUGCAGGAGAUGAAAGAGGAGAGUGCAAGGAUGUCACAAGAAAAGCAAGUCACCGUGCUGGAGCUCUUUAGAGUAUCCAGCUACCAACAGCCCAUCAUCAUUUCCAUUAUGCUCCAGCUCUCUCAGCAGCUCUCUGGAAUCAAUGCUGUGUUCUGUUACUCAACAGGAAUCUUCAAGGAUGCAGGUGUUCAGGAACCCAUCUGUGCCGCCAUCGGCGUGUGUGUGGUUAAUGCUGUCUUCACUGUAGUUUCUUACCAUUUAGGACCCUACGUUUUUAUUAUCUUCAUUGGCCUACUCGUUACCUUCUUGGUCUUUACCUUCAUCAAACUCCCUGAGACCCGUGGCAGGACUUUUGAGGAUAUCACACAGGCCUUUGAAGGGCAGGCACAUGGUGCACAUCGUUACAGGAUUAACAGCAUCAAGCUUGAGGAGGCCAGUGUCUAAGUCAUGCCUCCUUCCGCCUCCCUCCCGGCAUGGGAAAGCCACCUCUCCUUGAACGUCGGAGAAACCUCAUCAGGAUGAACACAGGACGGCUUCUGAAUGCUGCUACGUGAUUCCUUUCUUAUCUCAUGCACUCUAUGAUCACCCCAGGGUUGGGGUUUGUUGGAUUUUUUUUUUUUUUUUUGAGACGGAGUUUCGCUGUUGUUACCCAGACUGGAGUGCAAUGGCAUGAUCUCGGCUCACCGCAACCUCCGCCUUCUGGGUUCAAGCAAUUCUUCUGCCUCAGCCUCCCGAGUAGCUGGGACUACAGGCGCGCGCCACCAUGCCCUGUUAAUUUCUGUAUUUUUAGUACAGACGGGGUUUCACCUUGUUGACCAGGAUGGUCUCGAUGUCUUGACCUCGUGAUCGACCCUCCUCGGCCUCCCAAAGUGCUGGGAUUAUAGGAGAGAGCCACCGUGCCAGGCUGAAACUCCCUCUCAAAAAAAAAAAAAAAAAAAAAAAAAAAAAAGAUUUGUUUCUGCGCCACCACC